CGGCCCGCCGCGCCCGCCGCGCCCGCCGCUGCCCGCCGCUGCCCGCCGCGCCCGCCGCUGCCCGCCGCUGCCCGCCGCUGCGGGAUGGCGCUGUCGGCGGCGGAGCGGGCGCUGCUGCGCGCCCUGUGGAAGAAGCUGGGGAGCAACGUGGGCGUCUACGCGACCGAGGCCCUGGAGAGAACCUUGGAGGCCUUCCCGCGCACCAAGAUCUACUUCUCCCACAUGGACCUGAGCCCGGGCUCCGCCCAGGUCAGAGCCCACGGCCGCAAGGUGGCCGACGCGCUGACCCUCGCCGCAGACCACCUGGACGACCUGCCCGGCGCCCUGUCCGCUCUGAGCGACCUGCACGUGCGCACGCUGCGCGUGGACCCCCACCACUUCGGGCUGCUGGGCCACUGUCUGCUGGUGACCCUCGCCCGGCACUACCCUGGAGACUUCGGCCCCGCCAUGCACGCCUCGGUGGACAAAUUCCUGCACCACGUGAUCUCGGCGCUGACCUCCAAGUACCGCUGAAUGGAGGGUGGGAGGUCGUGGGACGCCCCGCCCCCCGCGACGCCGUCGUGUUGGAGUAAAGCCCCGGGGCAGCAGCCUGAACCGAGUGCUCCCUGGGGAUGUGUGUGUGGGGAUGGCCUCGGGUCCGCAAACCAAGGGGCUGGCGGGUUUGGGGCACCAGGUCCCAAAUUCCAAUUCCUUGGCCUUGGCCAGGAGGGUGGCAGGCGGGAGGUGGUCGGGGGGCUGUUGACGCCCAGUCCAGGCCCUUCGCAGUACUGCUCGCUUAGUCCUCCUGGACUCCGCUCAAACCCAGCUGCACAGGCCUGGUCCCAGGCCGAGGCCCUUCUGUCUCCCGGGGCGGAGUCCGGCCUAGGCCCUGGCAGCCGCACAGCGGACAAUCGGGGAAGGGAGCCCCCUGCUGCCCAGCGCAGGAACCGGGCCCUGGACGUCGGAGGUCCGUGGCGAGACAGGACCCCUGGACCAGCCUUGCAGCCCACGGGGCUGGCGGGACCCCACCCCUCCCUGGAAAGCCAGAGCUGCCCUCGCCCAGGAUUUUGCCUCAGAUGUGCAGUCACGGCCACUGCAGAAACUCCACCUUCUGUCCCUACUUCUUCGAGGUCCACGUGACACACGGCAAACUCACUCCUGCACGGCAGUACCGCUCGGCAGAAGCAGCCACAUGGAGACACACAGCAUUCUUUUGAGAGGGUUGAUUUGAGAGGCAGAGUGACGAGGGGUGGGGUGGGGGAAGGUCUUCCACCGCUGGUUCACUCCCCAGACCUGCGAUGUCCGAGGCCAGGAACCUGGAGCUCCAUCCGGGUCUCCGACCGCAUCUGCCCUCCCCGGCACCUGGAUCAGAAGUGCACAGGAGCUGGGACUUGAGCCAGGCACUGCUACGUGGGACAAGGAUGUCUGUAAACUGUGGUUUCUGGGGCGCCUGCGAGGUGUUCCCAGGAGAGAAGCGAGCUCAGGGGAAGAUCCGCCGGCGUGGGUGUCGGGCCUAGCAGCCGAGAUGCCCAGGCUGUGCCAGGACUUGAUGCCUGGCUCCUGCGGACUCUGGGGGGUGACAGUCACUUCAAGCACCUGGGCCCCUGCCACCCAUGUGGGAGCCCUGCAUUUCCAGUCUGGGCUCCUGGCGUUGGCUUGGCCCGGCCACCGCCACUGCGGGCACCGGCAGUGAGCCAGAUGGAAGGUCGUCCCUUUCACAUAAAUAUUUGUGUAGUUUGGUGCGGUUUAGUGUAUUUGCAGUGCUGGGUGCCCUGGCUCACCACGUUCUGGAACUUUUCUUCUUUAAAGAUUUGUCCAUUAGUAAGCAGCUGGGACUGGGCCAGGCUGAAGCCAGGAGCCUCCGGCAUUCGUGGCAGGGGCCCAGCUGCUGCCUCCCCAGGGGCGUUAGUGGGACGCUGGGUUGGGAACAGAGCAGCUGGGCCUCAAACCAACACUGACACGAGCUUAACCCGCGGAGCCCCAUCGGGGCACCGAGACCGCACAACUUCUAGAGGACCACAAUGCUGACGACGGUGCUUUGUCUGCCAAGACGCCCAUGCAGUGUGGGGCAGGUGUUUAGCUCAGCUGUUAGGGAGCUCCUCGCUCCGGCUUCUCGCGCAUGUAGUGCCGGCUCAAGUUGUUGGGUUCCUGCCCCCCACAUGGGAGACCCGCACUCAACUCCUGUCUCCCAGAGAGAAGUUAACUACUGGAGGAGGGCUCUCCAUUUACCUCCGAAACAAUAAAUUUAAAAACUAUUUUUAAAGAUUUAUUUGAAAGGCAGAGUUUCAGGGAGAGACAGAGACUGAGUGAGAUCUUCCAUCUGAUGUUUCACUCCACUAACGGCAGCGAUAGCAGGAGCAGGGUGGAUCCGCAGCUGGGAGCCAGGAGCCGGGAACUUCCUCCACACCUCCCCGUGGGUGCAGGGGCCCAAGCACCCAGGCGUCUCCCACUGCAGUCCCAGGAGCAUCAGCAGGGCGCUGGGUCAGAAGUGGAGCCCCCGGGGCCUGAACUGCUGCCCACACGGGACUUGGGCUCCACAGGCAGCAUCUUUCCCCGCUACGCCACUACUCCACCCUUAGCCUGAGUCCUAACCGCCUAGCCACACACGGGCCUGAAGGCAUGUUGAGGGCAAGCUGAAGGCGGUGCCAUGCAGCCUCGUGCUCCCCCUCCCAGCCCUGUCCAGGGGCCCCUCCCCCAAUCCGAGUCUCCCCAGGCCCCAGUAAGGAGCUAGGGUACUGGGGCUCCCAGUCUUGGAAACAACUAACACAGUGAGGAGAUCCUGGAAGACAGCUCCUGGCUGAGGAUCCCAGACUGUGCCGGGGCCGCCAGGCAGAUGGCACCCAGCCCUGAAGAGGGGUCCUGGGGCUGGGGUCUUGAGCCUGUUGUGCAGAGCUGCCCCUCCCCCACAUACUGAGAUCCUGUUCCCAGAGCUGUGAGGGAGGGGCUUAGAGAACUGACCCCACGUUACCUGCAGAUAUGGGUAAGCUGGACCGGGGAGUUCCCCUGCCUUCUGCCCCCUGCACCCCCCAUCCCCGCAGCCCACCCCUGGUCUUUGAAUAAAGUCUGAGUGAGUGGC